AUGGUAUCCCUCCUUACUCACCUACAUCGAUUAUCGCGCAACGAUAUUUUAUCUGACAUUACGUCACCAAACUCCGCUGUGAUCAACGCGUUGUGGCCGGCUAACUUUGAUGGUGCCCCCACUAGUGGUCCCUGUGUCACACUUGCUCUACGUGAAACAAUAACCCAUUGUUUGGCGAUCAAUCAAAAGGACAUUAGUUGGUUACGAACCCAGGGUGACAUGCACUAUGUGUUCGAUAACUUUGGUUCAGCAUUACGAUGUUACUUGUUGAUGGCUGCUUAUGAAACUAACUAUUUCACAUCGAUAACAAUGUCUGGCCCAUAUGAGGAUGAACAGAUAGUUCGACGAAUGGUGAAAUGUUGUAUGCAAAUGAGAUGUUUCACACAAGCCGCCGUGUUAUGCCAGUUAACCAAAGAAGUUGAUUAUCCAACAGCUUUUAAGGCUUUACAAAGCAACAGGGAGCUCACAGAUGCUGCCGAUCUUCAUUAUCUUGAUCACAUAUGGGAUAUAGAACUACUAGAACACGCGGCUUACGAGCAUAAGGAGGCGGGAGAAGGCGCGAAGAAGUCUAUUGCAGUGAGCGCCCUCGCGCGACCGGAGCUAAACCACAGUAACUCGCCAGCGGUGGGCGCUAGAACGAGGAAAUAUAGAAAAGAACGAUUUUUUCAAGCGAUGGCUCGCCACUAUUUAUGUUGA